AACGGGCUGCCGGGGAUGGGCCASCCUCAGCCCGGCCACGGAGAACUGCAGCGCGGAUGGCUCCGCAGACCGGCCCCGACGAGAAGGGCACGGGAGCCGUUCCAGCCUUCCCACGGCUUUUCACUUGGGAAGAGGUCGGGAGCCGCGACGGCCGCGGGCAGGGCAAGGAGCAGUGGCUGGUGAUCGACAGGAAGGUUUACGAUGUCAGCACCUUUUCCAAGAGGCAUCCCGGGGGCAGCCGGGUUAUCAGGCACUAUGCCGGGCAGGAUGCCACGGACGCCUUUGUGGCAUUUCACAACGACAAGUCCCUGGUGAAAAAGUACCUGAGAUCUCUGCUGAUCGGGGAGCUGGCACCAGAUCAACCCAGCUUUGAGUCUAAUAAAAAGAAAUCCCUCUUGGAGGAUUUUCGGGAGCUGCGCUGUGCCAUUGAGAAGAUGGGACUUCUGAGGCCCAAUUACUUCUUCUUCUCCCUGAUUUUCCUUCACGUCCUGGUGCUGGAGGCUGCAUCCUGGYUCGUGCUCUGGCACUUUGGCUUAUCCCUGCUGCCUGUCUUGGCUAGCAUGAUGCUCUUCACCACUGCCCAGAUCCAGAUGGGCUGGUUCCAGCACGAUCUGGGACACUGCUCUGUCUUCAAGAAGCCCAGGUGGAAUCACAUCCUGCAGAUGGUGGUGCUAACCGUGCUGAAGGGGCUGCCUGCCAGCUGGUGGAACCACCUGCACAACCAGCACCACGCCAAGCCCAACUGCUUCCGCAAGGACCCCGACCUCAACAUGCACCCUCUYCUCUUCAGCCUGGGAAGGACCCUCUCCGUGGAGCUUGGAAAGCAGAAGAAGAAGUUCAUGCCUUACAAUCACCAGCACAAGUAUUUCUUCUUGCUGGCCCCACUUGCCCUCAUACCCUUCUUCCAGCUGUCAAUAAUCUACUUUGCAGUCAAGAGGAAAAAGUGGUUGGAGCUGGUAUUGAUGGUGGUUUUCCAAAUCCGAGUCGCCCUCAUGUACGUUCCUUUAAUGGGAUUUAAAACCUUCAUGAUGUACUACUGGAUAUCCAGGUACUUUGAGAGUAACUGGUUUAUUUGGGUGACCCAGAUGAAUCACAUCCCAAUGCACAUUGAUUACGACCAGAACAAAGACUGGGUGUCUACUCAGCUCUACGCCACCUGCAAUGUGAACCAAUCUGUGUUCAAUGACUGGUUCACUGGGCACCUCAACUUCCAAAUCGAGCACCACCUGUUCCCCACAAUGCCUCGGCACAACUACUGGAAGGUGGCUCCUCUGGUGAAAAGCCUCUGUGGCAAGCACGGCAUUGAGUAUAAAAGCAAGCCUUUGCUGACAGCCUUUGUAGAUAUUUUGCAUUCCCUGAAGGAUUCUGGGGAGCACUGGCUGGAAGCAUAUCUGCAUGGAUAAAAACUGGCAAUUCUGCCAAAGGAAUCCCUUCACCAAAUAACUGCUUCCAAGAGGAAGGACUCACCAUCCCUGUGUGUGUCUUCAGGCACAGGAAUUCAGGAGCUGGGCAAAGUUAAUUUCAGUAAGAAUCAARUGGGAAGGUGGCUUCAAGAUACAUUUUUUCCUUGUUCCCAGCCAUGAACCUCUGUUUUUUUUCCUGCUCUCCAUCUCAGAAUUCAGAGAUGGGCUUUCAAACUUGGGGAGAAGCAGCUCUUGAAUCAGCUUGAUCAGUUUAACUUCAUUGGAAGUGCCAGCUCAUUGCUUAUGGAAGAAGUUUGGAAGGAAAUUCUUCACGGAGUCAUAGAAAUGUGGAAUGGUUUGUGUUGGAAAGGACCUUAAGGAUUAUCUUCUUCCACUCCCUGCCCUGGGCAGGGACACCUUCCACUAUCCCAGRUUGCUCCAAGCCCCAUCCAGCCUGGCCUUGAAUACUUCCAGGGCUGGGGCAACCACAGCUUCUGUGGGAAACCUGUUCCAGUGCCUCACAAUAAAGAAUUUCUUCCUAAUAUCCAGUCUAAACCCAUCCUCUGUCAGUUUAAAACUCUUGUCCUUCAUCCUGUCCCUGCAARUCCUGGUAAAAUCUCUCUUUCCAUCUUCCUCACAAGCUUCUUGCAGUAUUAAGGUCUCCUUAGUGUUUUUGGCUUAGUAAAAAAAGCAGGAAAAGUGCAGGAAGUCAGGAGACAUUUGGCCAGGGGGAAUUUUUAAGGGAUAUUCUAGAACACAUCCAGUAAAGGUGAAAAGGACAAGUGGCCUGAGGCAUGACCCUGUCACUUCAGAUCACGUGUGGACCCCUCGCUCUGACUAUUAAGUGUUGCAAUCAGUUCAUGGAUUGCAUGGGCAGGCAGAUGAGCUGGGGACCGGGAACACGGUUUGUAUGGCACGUGGUAUUUAUGGGCAUAAAUAGGUGUUUUAAUGGAGUGCUGACUGUGCUGUAUGAUUUGCUUUCUGCUGUAGACCAACUGUGAAUCAAGCUGAGAAGCCCAGGCACUGAGGGGUAGGUCCAGACUUCAAGGGUAUUUAGGGUACUCUUGCUUCUACAYAGAUUACAUUUUAUCCAAAAGUUUACCGCCCAGAGGUUUAGUACAAUUAGUAAUUACACAAUAAUUAUGAAUAAAAUUCUUCAUCACGAUUUUUAGAUGGAAGUCAAUGCCUCUUUUAGAACAAGUGUGUGACCUCUGAUUAACCUUGYUGAUUUUGCAAAGAAAUUAUGAUUCAAUGACAUUUCCUAAGGCCACUUAGAGCAAAUAUAUUCCUUUAUGGGACUGGCAGAACCUGUGAUGCUGCACCCACAUCACUGACCCAAACCCACAAAGGUUUUCAUGGCAAAAACCUGGAGUGGCAAAUAAACAAUUUGCCCAUAAAAGCAAAGGCCAAGUGGUUCUUCUCCUCUGCCAUUCACAYCCGGAACUUUCAAUGGAUAAAUCGUCUAAAGGAGGAAGAUGUGGGAGAUUUAAAAUCACCCAGAUGUGUUACAGUUUACAGACACCAAUAUUCCUCUCCUGGGUAACAAGAACAAGCCCAACAAACAAAGCAGAAGGAAUUUGGACUUCUUAUAUUUGCCUUUGCUUUUUUUCAAAACAACUCCAGCUCUUUAUUUAUAUUUUUUUGUGUGUAGGUGCAGGUAUCCAUAACACUGUUCCGGUUCUUUCAUAAUAAAGGCUGACGGAUGCUUUUGAAUAGGGUCCUGUUUAAAAAAAAAUACACCUGUUAUUAAAAAGUGCUUAAAAUGUAGUUUGGAAAUCCCUGCUAACUAGUACCUAAAGCAACCCUGUGUUCCCGAACCCAGGGCUGAUUAGAAUGGUGAUGUCCAUAAUUAUUUGCAAAAGCAGAAACAUUUUACAAGUAUUUGAGGGCUAAUACUGUCUUAAGAUGAUGCAAGGAUUUCAUGGUACUACAUGAAGACAUUUUAAAAUUGAAGUCUUGCAGAAGGUAAUAUAAAUAUUAAAGAUUCCUCCUUUUUCCUGUUUUACCAGUGAGACUUGAAAGCUGUGCUGAUUCUGAGUCCCACUGAAACCAAUACUGGGCUGAAUCAAAAUGAUUCUUUGUGGUGUCAGUCUCAUAAAUCAAACAGAUCAUUUGUAGUGUUUAAUUAGAAUUCWGCUUAUUUGAAUGUCAUUAUUUAUUGAGUCUUUUUUCAACCUGGUUUUAAUUAAAGCAUUUCUGUCUCUAUUUGUCUCAACAGGCUGCUCUGUGUCAAUAAUAAUUUCUUUAUU